AGUCAGUUAACCAAAAUGCGUUUAGUUGGGUUGCUCUUGCCGCUUGUUUUGCUGGCUUUGGUCAGUGCUGGCACCGUAAAGGAUACUCCAAAAAAACGUUUCGACAAUUAUAAAGUAUAUCAGUUGAUCAUCAAGAAUAAAAUUCAAUUGGCUGCUAUUAACAAAUUAAGUGAACUCAGUGAGAAGUUCAACAUUUGGAAGGAAUACGAUGAGCGUACCAAACAAAUUGAUAUUAUGGUUCAGCCAGAAGAGUUGUCCCAUUUCCAUGAGAUUUUAAAACUAAAUAAUAUCCACAGUGAGCUUGUGGUGCCCAAUGUUCAAACGCUUAUCGAUGAAGAGCAGCAGCAAGUCACUCCCCAAGAUAACGUUUCAUUUGGCUGGACAAAAUACUAUGAAUUGGAGGAAAUUCAGGCUUGGCUAGAUGAGAUACUGGCUACCUAUCCAGAGGUUACAAAAGAAUUCAUUGUUGGACAGUCCUAUGAAGGUCGCACAAUUCGUGGUAUUACCAUAUCACAUGGUACUGAUAAACCAGGUAUAUUCAUUGAAUCCAAUAUACAUGCUCGCGAAUGGAUCACCUCGGCUAGUGCCACUUGGUUCAUCAAUCAAUUGUUGACCUCGCAGGACCCUGAUGUACGCAAUUUGGCCGACAGCUACGAUUGGCAUAUUGUGCCAGUAUUCAAUGUAGAUGGAUUUGAUUAUUCCCACAAGAAGGAUCGCAUGUGGCGUAAGACCCGUCAACCGCAUAGCACAAACGCUUGCAUUGGGGCCGAUGCAAAUCGUAAUUUCGAUUCCUAUUGGCUUCAAAAUGGUGGUUCCUCUGACAAUCCCUGCUCUGAGACAUUUGCCGGUGAUGUGCCCAACUCAGAACCAGAGGCGAAGGCUCUGGUUGAAUAUCUAACGGCACAUCAGGAUGAAUUUAAAGUUUACUUAUCCUUCCAUUCGUAUGGACUUUGGCUACUAUCGCCUUAUGGCCACACUGCUGAUCCUUUGGAGAAACCCGAAAAUGCUGAUGAUCUACUGGAAAUUGGUGAAGCUUUUACCGCUGCUGUUAAAGCUCUUCCAUAUGCCACUGAUUAUGUACAUGGACCUACUGGCACUACCCUUUAUGUUGCCUCUGGCACUUCGGUAGAUUGGGUAUUCAAUGAGUUGAACAAGGAGGUCGCUUUUACGUUGGAGUUCCGCGAUAAAACUGGUGGAUCGUAUGGAUUUAUUUUGCCACCUGUGCAGAUAAUACCCAAUUGUGAAGAACUUAUGGCCGGCAUGUUGGCCCUAAUUGGCAAGACCAAGGAUUUGGGUUACUUAUAAACACAAUAGUUGAAUGUUUUUCUUGUUUAUUUCAAUUCAUUCAUUAAAACUUUUCAUAUAGGAGGCAAGCA